AUGGGCGAUGUCACCUCUGGGGGGCAAGCCGGCUUGAGAAUGGUCUCUUCCAGUGAAGGCUCCUCGAAGAUCACCGGGAGUGUUUGGUAUCUCCAGCCGGGGGCUCACCAAUCCUCGUUCGGGCUUUUGGAAAUAGAGGGCGCCACAAGAGACAACAUAUUUGCAUUGUACUCUUCCAGUCUCCUAUCUUCGUCGAAGCAAAGGCGGUCUCCCAGCGAUCUCUGGGACUUGCCAAAGGUUCCACAAUGGACUGCUGCAAGUACUGAGUCUUCCUUUCGCAAUAUAGAUACUGUAGCACUGGUCAAUGGCGAAGCAGAUUAUGUUUCUCUGCUAGGGACAAAAGUUCAAGGCUUAGAAGUCACCUCCUCAAAUGUCGUCUACAACUUUUUGAUAACUAUGCCAUAUAUAGACCUCAACUGCUCUGCCAACACCGGCAUGCCUUUCGAGGCCAACCCUUACCAGACUAUCCUACAAUCAUUGGAAAUGUCACCAGAUUUGAAUGGAUCUUCCUUCCGGGCAAAUCUGGGAGAGGAUGAUGAGUCUCGUCUUCUCUUUACGAGUUUGCAUUACUCGAAUGCUUAUUUCGCGCUCUUUAUCUGUUCUAUGCGAGUUUUGGCUGUUGAAACAGAAAUGCAAUGUGCCCCUAGCAAUUCAUCAGCAAACUGCUCGCCAAAGCGCCAGCGGCUUCUGCAAAGCUGGGAGAGAGUGGAGAAAAUUUACGGACCCUCUAAUGAAAUGAGGAAGGCCCUGAAGUUGUGGCAGCACGCCGACAGUUCUUCAGCAAACUACUUAGCAUCGCCAAUAGACAGUUAUCUCGCCGGACAUCUAUCGCCUUACGCUGGACACAAUCUCAUUAAAUGGUCCGAAGUCGACGUGGGUAACUUUUCCAGGCGUCUGACUACUCUUUUCAACACCUACAUGAGUGCCUCUAUAAAUCCAAUGGGCCAUACCGAUGUUUCGUUUUCAAAAAGUGGGAAGAAUGACCCGUCGCCUUCUGGAGCAAUAUUACAGACAACUCCGGCCAAUGCGACAAUUGUUUUCAAUGUUUACGAAACCAGCAGAACCUGGGUAGGUUUAGCUCUCACAGCCACACUGCUGCUUCAAUUGCUCGCAGUACUCGGGCUUAUGUUACGAGUUCUAGUCAAGGGCCCGGAUAUAUUAGGGUUUGCGAGCUCAAUGACAAGGGACAAUCCGUACGUAAACCUGCCCGAGGAUGGAUCAGGUUUGGAUGGCCCAGACAGAGCAAGACUGCUGAGAAGGACUCGGGCUCAGCUUGCAGAUAUGCGCCCGGAGAAAGAAGUUGGCUACAUCACGCUGCGAGCAGUUGAACCCGGACACUCCACUGAUGGUGGCAAGGGUUACAAGGUUAUGGAUAAUUGGCGACCAUUUACCCGUGGAAGAUUGUAUACAUGA